AUGUGCGUGAAUGCUGGUUUUAGCACGGGCUCCAGCAGCAGCUGCAGCUCAUCUUCAGCAUCGAGCCGCUCCGGAAGUUCCAGCACCUCCAGCUCUAGCUCCAGCAGCUCCCCUGGCUCUCCGAGCCCUUCUCAGCGCAGGCAUGACAACAGGCGGCGUUCCCGCUCCAAAUCCAAACCAUCCAAAAGAGAUGGAAAGGAAAGGAAAAGGCGGAGCCCUUCCCCUAAACCCACCACAGUGCACGUUGGAAGGCUCACCAGGAAUGUGACCGAGGAUCAUGUGGAGAUAUUCUCCACCUAUGGGAAAAUUAAGAUGAUUGACAUGCCUGUAGAAAGGAUGCACCCCCAUCUGUCUACAGGCUACGCAUAUGUGGAGUGUGAGAAUCCAGAUGAAGCCGAGAAGGCGCUGAAGCACGAGGACGGAGGACACAUCGAUGGCCAGCAGAUCACUGCCACCGCUGUGCUGGCCCCUGGCCUCGGCCACCCCCCAGGCAAUUCAGCCCUCCCAGGAAGGAGAGUGCCGCCACCGCCUCCCGUGUGGCGCAGGUCACCCCCACGGAUGAAGAGAAGGUCGCGUUCCCCUCGGUGCAGGUCCCCCGGCCGCCGUAGCCACAGGAGCGGCUCCAGCUCCAGCUCCUCCCGAUGCGUGGGGCCACCGAAGCUCUGCCCUGUGACUUGUAUCCCAUCCAACUCACUUUUGUCACUUUUCUAGCCGAAGGAGGAUCUGUAGGAAAGAAAUCCCUCCCUCGGGCAGGCUUCGAAGGUGAAGGCAGUAAUUGCUACGUUUCCCCUGGCUCAGAGUUCUGGCUGCAGGAGCGUUGUUGGUUUGGGGUCGUGCUUAUGAAGAUGCCCUCCAGUUUUCUGGCUAGAAAGCUUCCACGUUUCUAGUUCCUGAGAGCCAGUUUAGUGGCAAAGCCAGCAGGGAUGAGCCGGGGGCUCCAGGAGGUGGUACAGCCCCAGCCUGGGAGCAUGUUUUCCCCUUCCACAGGUGACCUGGGGCCCAUCUGGUGGCCUGCUCGUGCCCUAACCUGCUGGCCUGCAGGGUCCCACAGGAAAGGUGUACUUUUACGCAACUGCCGUUCCUGUGAGCCUGGCCUUGCUCCCCUGCAUGAGUCCUUUUCUGACCUCUAGGGCCAAAUACCCAAAAUGGUUCUUUUCACGUGUACUCAU